AUGGGCGACCUACAGGAACAAUACAAGGAAAAGCUAGAAGAGACCCAAAAUAUUCUGAACGAUCUGAUAGAUCUGAGAAAGAAGGGCAUACAUCAUUAUGACGACUUGAUAAGCAAUAAACUAGAACAGUUGAGGCAGUUAAUGUCAGUUGAUAAAAACCAUUGGAUAGAACAAUUUGACGAUGAAAGCCUUGAUGACACGGUUGGGAAAUUGAGCUCUGAACUUGGCAGAUUAGUUGAGGGUAGACCAAGAAAUACUGUUGCAGAAAUUCUGGAAAAUACUUCAGGGGGGCUAGCUUUGAGAGGUAUUCUAGUAGGUGAUGCAUUUCAUGAUGAUUGCUUGAAACGCAUCGUGCUGAGCGCACCAAGUGAUGUUGAACUGAUGAAUCCUUUAAUGGCGCAAAUUGACAAGGUUGAGAACUUUUCGUCUAAAUCACAGUCUGAUAAUUUUCACCGUUCUCUUGAUACAAUGGGGUACAGGGCUGCUGUUACUAUGAAAAGUGGACGUUUGGGGUUCAAUGCUGAAGCUGAUUUUUCCCAGAAGUACGAGGUGGAAGAGGAAAAAGAAUCAACAUGUCACAGGCAGGUCCAGUUUGAAUCAAGUGUAAUGUACUCAAUUGUUCCCACUGCUGCAUGUGAGCUAAAUGAAAACAGCUUAAAACUCUCCCAACAAGCUCUGCAGGAACUCAAGUCCAUUGACACACUUUUGGAGGGAAGCGAAAACUUAGAACUUGUGAACAAAAAAUGUGAGGACUUUCUUGCAGCAUAUGGGUCACACAUCAAUGCUGGGGUUCUUCAUUUUGGUGGGAUUAACAAAUUUGUAGCAACAUACACUAGCGAAACAGAAUCUAACUCUGGUCAAAUUAAAUGUUUGGUUCGAGAUGCACUCAGUGCUUAUGCUUCUGCCAACUAUUCCGGCUUUGGAUUCAGUGGCUCAGUAAGUGCCGAUCAGCUAAAAACGAAUUGCAGCUUCAAAAACGACUAUGACAAAUCAGAGCAGGCUAAAACCAUCCUGCACACUACCAGGAAUGGUGGGCCACAGGAGGUAACUCCCUUCCAACUUUGGAAGAUAGGGCUUGUAGCAUGCAAUAGCACGUGGGCUCUCGUGGAUAGAGGGAAAUUAUUGUACUCAGACUUGGUUGGAGUGUGGAAGCUGGUUCGCAACCACAAAGAUGAGUUCAAGGAACCAUAUCAACUUGAAACAUCCUUGAUGACUGUCUGGGAAAGAAUGAGUGGCUACGUAGGACCAAAUGACAAAGAACUUACUUUCAUAAAAGGACUUCAAGAAAUGGACCUCUUAAUUGAGAAAAUUGCCAAGUGGAAUUCUUGUCCAAAACUACCAGAAAAGUGUAUUGAAUAUCUCCACGAGAUGCUGAAAACGGUCAAAGAGGUGGAGGCACAUACAAGCACAAAUAAGUACUGGGUGAACAAGUUAUGCACAGAAGUGAACAUAAGCAGCUUUUUGGAAAAGAUCGUAGAGCUGAGAGAUAACUUUGACCCCAAGAAUGUGUCCGAGAUAAGGUGUUUGAUAAGGGAGCUGGUCAAUCCAGUUGGAUUGAGAGAGUUUCCAUGCAAACAGAUGAUCAUGAAGUGGGCGGUGAUCACAGAAACUAAGGACAUCCCACUUUUAAUGGCCAAGGUCCACGUGAAUAACAUAUCAGGUCUGAUAAGGAAUCUGAAGGAAAUAUUCAUACCAAAUCUCCAGAAAGAACAUGCAAACAAUGAAGAGGGAAUCGUAGAGGUAUCUGACAGUAUAAACGCAAGAGCGACAGUUGACCUGGCACUCUGUGUUGGUCAGCUUCUAAGAGAUUUGCAGUCAUCAGCAAAAGAGCAUGAAAUGUUCUUUUUGGAAAUCGCACUAAGGUCUCUUCACUACCAUUGGCCUACAUUGAGGUUUGAAACGCUUCUUACAAUGGAGAAGCUACAGGAUUUUGUCCUGUCCAUUGAAGUGUCUUGGAAGGAGUUUCAGAUCCAGUUAACAAAAGGUAUCAUCCAACUUGAAGCAUUUCUUAUAAACGCCUUGAUAACCUCGGGCCACUUCGACGAAGGAGGAGAAUCAUCAGACGAUGAAUUCUCCGAGACAAUUAAAGAACUCAGGCAAGUUUUGUCAUCCAAAUUAAACGCAAUCUUGAACAGGUAUGCCACACAUUCACCCUUUAAUUGGGUAAAGAUAACCAAUAUCACUAAUGAACUUUCAAAAGGCAACAUGUCCGUUUGUGAAGAGAGAAGAGUAACUAUCUUUGAUCUGGAAAAUGUGGCCAUCUGCCAAGAUCGAAACACACAUGAACAGCGACCACUUAAAAAAACCACAUCUGGAAUCGCAGCACAAAGUGAAUUUUCAGAUACAUUGAAGGCCCUGGGUUUAGACAAAUACUUCCCAGCUCAGAUAACCCUUUUAAAUGCCAUGGAGAUUAAAAGGAUCACUCAGCCUUUGAAGCUGGCUGAAACCCCAUGGGCUAUCAUACACCAACUCCUCAUGAUUGAUUGCCAGGCAAGAGACAAUCAUCUCUCAGUGGAAAAUAAAUCAUCAUGCGUAAAGAAGCCUCAUGACGGAGGUGACUCUGAGUUUGAGGCUCUUCUUGAAAUGCAUAACAAUAGUGACGAUGAAGACAAGCCAGCAGAAAUCAACACAUUGGAUGCCAUUGUGGCCAUAUUCACAUGUUGUGACAACUUUCUAAAACAAGUACUUGCUCAGAAGCUUUUUGUUUGCAAACUUGCUAUUCCAUUUCUGUACCCUCUUGGAUCAGAAGACAAAGUUGGUAUGUCACUAUGGGCACUCAGAACCAUUAAUGUUCAAUGGAAAAGCAAUACAAAUGAAGCUUCAGAGACACCAGUGACAGAAAGGCAUUUCCCGUUGGUGUCGUUUAUCAGAUUGGGUAGACCACCUCUGUCUAAGUCUAAGCUGAUGAACGAUAUUCUUAGAAACGACAGUCACGACACCUUCUUUCACCAUGAUUGCAACAAUGGUAUGGUUCCCAGAAGGAUUACUAAUGGACUUGUUGAAUGUUCCUGGUUCAUAACAUCCUGCAAGGAGAAGGAAAAUCUACCAAGCACAACAAUGUUUCUUAAUUUGAGGGGCGACGCCUCAUCAUUGAAGAAACAGAUGAAGAUUUUGCAGGAAAUUUCAUCAGUGCUCUGUGUUAUAGUCACUGCUGAAGACCUGGCAAAAACCCAUAACACCGAGACUUGCCAACAAAUUUUGCAGACUGGUGGAAGAACCAUCCUCUUUUUGAUUAGAGGUGAUAACAAACAGAGCAGAGAGUGUCUUCAAGCAUUCUAUGAAGCAGUUGGCAAGGAUAUUCUGAAAGGGGUUCCUGUUAUAUCAUCUAAUACAAAGGAGGGUGUUCAGAAAAAUGCCAGUGAGCUCAAGAAUGAAGCUAGAAUGAAGCUGUCAGAGGUUCUGACUGGGUGUUCUGGCAUAUUGAUAGAAGAGUGUGCUCAACUCACGAGGGAUAUGGGGAUCGUCGUAGAUGAAUAUGAUGAUGAAGCCUGCGUUGAAGGCAAGGCACUUGCAGAAAGUGUUGUCUGUCACAUGGCAGGUAAAGGCACUGAGAAUUGUAAAGGCCUCCUUCUUCCGUUGCAAGGUGCGGAAUGGAUUGAGUACUGCAAACUGCUAAAGAAACAACACCGAGCAAGUGGAAAGGACUCGCAAUCAUCGUCAACAUACCAAGCUAGUCUAGUGAAACAGGAAAUGGAUCGUCUUCGUGAAAAGCAGGGGGAAAAAUGCAACCCACUUACUCCUUUCAUCAAAGACUUUAUGUCAACUCUUCAUAAUAACCAAGAUGUUGUUAUGUAUUUCUUAAGGUGGAUGAACAUCUUACUUGAUGAAAAGUUGAGAGCCACCUUGCCAGGUCUUCGCAGAAAAUAUCACGAGGUAUGGACUGAAUUUCAAGAGGCCAAGAUGGAACAGGACGAGGAAAAAUUGCGUCGUGUGAAAUUACAGGUUGAUGAUAAAGAAAAACAACUUUCCAGUGCAUCACUUGGACUAGAAAAUCUGUUCAGAGAACUAGGACAGAUUUAUGAGGCGGUGAAAGGAAGUCGUGAAAUCGGAAAAGCCACUCAGAAUGCUGUAGAAUAUCUGCCAGAGCGAGCUGCUGAACUGCUUUUGAAUGGCAUCCCCUUGGAACUGAUAGAUGGAGACGCAUCAAGUAUGCCUAUUGGGUGGGUGACCGCAGUGCUAAGUAAAGUUGAACACAUUAUUGGUGAAAAGAAGCUCUUUCUUCUCUCUGUCCUGGGCAUCCAGAGUUCUGGGAAAUCUACACUUCUCAACACCAUGUUUGGGUUGCAAUUUGCUGUCAGUGCAGGCAGAUGCACAAGGGGAGCAUACAUGCAACUAAUCCCAGUCGAUGGAAACGCUAAUUUGCCAUUUGAUUAUGUUGCUGUUGUAGAUACAGAAGGACUUCGGGCAACAGAUCUAGGACAACCUAAGUACGAGCAUGAUAAUGAACUUGCCACUCUCGUAAUUGGUCUCGGAGAUGUGACCAUGAUAAACAUUAAAGGAGAAAAUACAACUGAAAUGAACGACAUUUUGCAAAUCGCUGUGCAUGCCUUCUUAAGGAUGAAUCUUGUAAGGAAAAACAUCAAAUACAAUAGAACAUGCAUAUUUGUUCAUCAGAAUGUCCCGGCAGCUAAUGCAGAAGAACUGAUGAUGCAUGGAUGCCAGAAACUACAAGAGAACUUAGAUCAUAUGACGAAAGAAGCAGCCCUAAGUGAGAGCAUAUCAGACAUCCACAGUUUUUCCCAGAUUAUAAACUUUGAUGUGCAAAAACAUGUAAAGUAUUUUUCUGAUCUGUGGCAAGGUGAUCCACCUAUGGCCCCUGCAAAUCCUGGCUACAGUGAAAAGGUGAGGUCAGUCAGAUUGCAACUGUUAGAAAAGAUUACACUGGAGCAGAAAACAUUUCUGACGGCCUCUGAUCUGUCCAUUCGUCUUUCUGAUCUAUGGAAUGGAAUCCUCGCGGAGGAUUUUGUGUUUAGCUUUCGCAAUAGCCUUGAAGUAAAAGCCUACAACGGCUUGCAAUCAAAAUACUAUGCUUUGGAAUGGGAGUUACAAGACAACAUGAAAUCAUGGCUACACACCGCAGAGAUCGAAUUGAAAAGGUGUGAAACUCCCGAUGACUUAGACAAAUCGUAUCAGUCCCUCAUCGGUAAACAUCCGAUAGUUUUGACAGAAAAGGCUGAGGAAAUCAAGACUUGCCUAAUGGAAUAUUUCGAGAACUGCAAACACCAGGAAAUAGUCAUCCAGUGGCAGGGGACCAAGUUGAACCAAUUGAACGUUGCUGUUGAACAACAACAAUACGAGGGUCGGACAGAUUUGCUUUCAAUCAAAGAAGCACGCGAAGUAGAAAUCUUGCAGGCUAAAAAGUGGUCGAAGCAUGAGGUAUACAUCAUGAACAAAGCAGCUGAACUGGCAGGCAAUCUAAAAGGCAAAGAGGCGAGCGAUGCCGAACUGGAAGAGAAGUUUGAAUUGAUGUGGACGCCAAUGGUUCACGAGCUCGCAACAAAGACUGCAGAAAAGGAUCUGAGAAUGGAUGAAGUGAUGGAUGAAGUACUUUAUCAAAGAUUUCAUGCCCAUGGAAACUUUCUGAGAAAGGAGCUGCAGAAAAUGCCUUUGAAUAUUCCACUUCAGCAUCCAUCCUUGGAAAGUAGUAUCACUUUAGAUUUUGUAGAUAAGGAACAUAUUAGUAUUAAAAGAAGUAUGCUUGGACAAGUUGAGAAAGCCUUCAAGAGCCUAGCUGGUGCUGACAGCGGAGAACUAGAUGCCAUAAAUAAGACAGUGGCACUGACAAGGAGCAUCUUGAACGAAAUUAGCACUGAUUUAAACGUCCUUUCUAAACGCGACGUUAAAUUCAAUAAGUCCGACGCCACAGCGAUCAUUAAAAAACUAACCGCGAAAAUUGACACUCACAACGAAUCUCGAGACUGCAAUUUCACGAUUCUCUCUCCGUACACUGUAAAACUAGCAGUUCAUGUAAGCCGACAUUGUAUCCAAGUGUUUACGUUGAUGCAAUCAGAGUAUAACAAAAAGCAUGGCGUGAAAGCCAAGCUACAAAAUUACAAGAACACCGCAUGGAGUCUUUUCAAAAACAAAGUAAAGCAGAGUACAGAAGAAGUAUUCGCAGGUGACCUCCUAACCACACAUUUGAAGCAAAUCGUUCUGGAUACAGUAAAGAAAGCGAUUCCAAGAAAAUGCACGGAAGAAAUUCUCAGAGACUUCCAGAUGACAAAGUACUACCUAAUGGUCAAAAUGAUGGAUGACCUGGCAGUUAAAGGCAACUUCAAGGACUACAAAUCGUACAUUACGAAUGCCAGAGGAUUUGCCUUACAGUGGAUUACCGAAUACACACAUGAGAAGAUGUUUUCUAAAACAGAUUCAAGCAUGUCUAGGUAUGCAGAAAUAAGCAAGAGCCAUAUUGCAAAGAUCAUGCUGUGUAUUGCCAGAAGUGUUUCUCAUGCGACCACUGAGGUCGAGGGGAAAAGUGGCACGAGGAUCGCACUGUGGAUUAAACAUUUCUGUAGGAGAGUCUCGUAG